UCGGCCAAUAACUAGUUUGGUUACUAAAAUGGAAUUGGCUGUCAAAUGAGCCAAAAACUGAUGGCAACUCAAAGCACCCCACCUGUCUCUCUACCACGUCACUCCAAGUCCAACAACCCAAACCCGUACCCGCUCUCCCCAACUGUCAAUAACGACCGGUAUCCAAUACUAUCACUGAUCAACCAAUGCAACAGUACGAAGCAGCUAAAGCAAGUCCAUUCCCAAAUGCUCCGUACAGGUCUCUUCUUCGACCCUUUUUCAGCCGGCAAGCUCAUCACUGCCUCUGCUCUCUCACCCUUCUCUAGCCUCGACUACGCCCGCCAGGUGUUCGAUCAAAUUCCUCAACCAAAUCUUUUUACUUGGAACACUCUCAUUCGUGCUUAUGCGUCCAGCCCUGACCCCACUCAGAGCCUUCUAGUCUUUCUGCAACUGCUUCAUCACUGUGAACAUUUUCCUGACAAAUUCACUUUUCCUUUCGUGAUCAAAGCGGCUUCGGAGCUCAAAGCUUUUCGGGUUGGGAGAGCGUUUCACGGGAUGGUGAUUAAAGCGUCGCUUAGUUCGGAUGUCUAUAUUCUGAAUUCACUCGUGCAUUUUUAUGGUUCGUGUGGGGAUUUGGAUUUGGCGUAUGCGGUGUUUGUGAAAACUCCACAGAAAGAUGUGGUUUCUUGGAAUUCUAUGAUCACUGCUUUUGCACAAGGUGGUUGUCCUGAGGAGGCAUUGGAGUUAUUUAGGGGAAUGGAGAAGGAGAAUGUGAAGCCGAAUGAUGUGACAAUGGUGGGUGUUCUUUCGGCUUGCACGAAGAAGUUGGAUUUGGAGUUUGGGAGAUGGGUGUGUUCCUAUAUUGAAAGGAAUGAGAUUAAUUUGAACUUGACUCUGAGUAAUGCAAUGCUGGAUAUGUAUAUGAAAUGUGGGAGCUUUGAAGAUGCAAAAAGAUUGUUUGAUAAGAUGCAAGAGAAGGAUAUUUUCUCUUGGACAACUAUGCUUGAUGGAUAUGCUAAGUUAGGGGAAUAUGAUGAGGCUCGACAUGUUUUUGAUGCAAUGCCUAGUAAAGAUAUAGCUGCAUGGAAUGCACUGAUUUCUGCUUUUGAACAGAAUGGCAAGCCAAAGGAGGCUUUGGCUGUUUUUCGUGAGUUGCAGCUCAGUAAGGAUGCAAAACCGGAUGAGGUCACUCUUGUUUGUGCUCUAUCAGCUUCUGCUCAGUUAGGAGCAAUGGAUUUAGGCAGGUGGAUUGAUGUGUACAUAAAGAAACAUGGGAUUAAGUUAAAUUGUCAUCUCACUACCUCUCUUAUUGACAUGUAUGCUAAGUGUGGGGAUCUAGAGAAAGCACUUGAGGUAUUUUAUUCGGUGGAAAGAAAAGAUGUGUUUGUUUGGAGUGCCACCAUUGCUGGUCUGGCAAUGCAUGGCCAUGGGAGGGCUGCAUUAGAUUUGUUCUCAAAGAUGUUAGAAGCUAAGGUCAAGCCCAAUGCUGUGACUUUCACGAAUCUAUUAUGCGCCUGUAGCCACACAGGAUUAGUAAACGAGGGACAAAGGUUAUUCUAUCAAAUGGAGCCAGUUUAUGGGGUUGUUCCUGGAGAGAAGCAUUACGCUUGCAUGGUUGAUAUUCUUGGUCGUUCGGGCCGUCUGCAAGAAUCUGUCAAAUUGAUAGAGAAAAUGCCCAUACUUCCUACCGCUUCUGUAUGGGGGGCUCUGCUUGGGGCCUGUAGACUUCAUGGGAAUAUUGAGCUUGCUGAGCAGGCUUGUAGCCAUUUGCUUGAGUUGGACCCUAGAAAUCAUGGAGCCUAUGUGCUUUUGUCGAACAUAUAUGCUAAAACAGGGAAAUGGGAUAGAGUUUCAGGGUUAAGGAAGAUUAUGAGAGAUUUUGGACUAAAGAAAGAACCAGGUUGUAGUUCAAUUGAGGUCAACGGAAUUGUUCAUGAGUUUCUAGUUGGUGAUAAUUCUCACAAGCUAUCUAAGGAAAUCUACUCAAAAUUGGUUGAGAUUGCAGCAAAAUUGAAGUCAGUUGGUUAUGUGCCAAACAAGUCCCAUCUCCUGCAACUUGUUGAAGAAGAAGACAUGAAAGAGCAGGCCCUAAACCUUCACAGUGAGAAGUUAGCAAUUGCCUAUGGGCUUAUUAGUAUGGGCCCAUCUCAACCGAUUCGAGUUGUGAAGAAUCUUCGUGUUUGUGGGGACUGUCACUCGGUUGCUAAGCUCAUAUCUGGGCUUUAUGAUAGAGAGAUACUUCUAAGAGACCGUUAUCGCUUCCAUCAUUUUAGAGGAGGAAAUUGCUCAUGUAUGGAUUAUUGGUGAAUGUGAACAGCAUUGGCUGUGAAAAUCUCACAUCAUCCAUCUAGAAUGAUGUUUUCGCUGGCUAAAUAAUUGUUGAAGCGGCAAGAAUUCAAUCAAACUAGGGAUUAAGCUAAUGCCCCCAUGUGGACUACAGCAUAGAUCUAGAGAGUAAUGACAAAUUGUACUCACACACAAAUAAGGAAACCAGUGAUGAAUUGUCAAUUAGGGGCAUUUCCGUAGAAGUGGAGUUGCUUUUGAGAGCUUAUUUGGAACAUUAAGAUCUUGCACAAAAAAGCUUAGUUUUUUGACU